AUGGGAGGAGAGAUUUUGCGUAAAGGGCCUUGGCUCCAAGAGGAAGACGAGCAACUCACUACCUUUGUUACUUGUCUCGGAGAACGAAGAUGGGAUUCCCUUGCCAAAGUUGCUGGGCUCAGGAGAAGUGGUAGGAGUUGCAGGUUGAGGUGGAUGAACUAUCUUCGUCCAAAUCUGAAGCACGGCCCUUUUAGUUUUGAAGAAGAGAACCUUAUUAUUCAGCUUCACCAGCAAUGGGGCAACAAGUGGUCAAAGAUUGCUCGCAGUUUACCCGGAAGAACAGACAAUGAAGUCAAGAAUUAUUGGAGAACUCAUUUGAGAAAGAAAGCACGAGUCCAACAAGAUGAAUUCCAAUAUAAACCAGCUGACAGCACUGAACAAGGUGCCUUCAGUGAUGAGAACACUUAUGAUAUUAAUGUUGGCAAGGAUUACAGCCAGAUGAACCUUGAAUGCCAAGAAAAUGUUGGGGAGACUCAGGAUAAUUCCUUUCAGGCUUUUCCAACAUCUGAAUGGAAAAUGACAAAUUCACCUUACGAGAUUCGGGUAUCAGGCUGGAUGGCAGAAUUGCAAGAAGAACAAAAUGGAAUAGAAUAUGGACAUCAUUGUAAUAACACCCAGUCCGAUGAAUUUUAUUCUACAUGGUUAGACUCUGAAACAUGGGCUUAUUCUUAUUCAGGUGCAUGA